AUGUCAACAAUUGUACAACCACUUACUGAAUUAUUGUGCAAAGAUGUGAAGUGGAAUUGGACUAAAUCAUGCAAACUGGCAUGUGAAACCGUGAAACAAUUAUUGACAUCAUCAACAGUACUGGUACAUUAUCAGCCGGAGAAAUCAGUAACAUUGGCUGUAGAUGCGUCUCCAUACGGGUUGGGAGCUGUAAUUUCUCACGAAAUGGAAGAUGGCUUAGAUAGACCUAUAGCAUAUGCUUCUAGAACAUUGACCACAUCUGAAAGAAAUUAUUCUCAAAUUGAGAAGGAAGCAUUGGCCAUCAUAUUUGGAAUUCAGAAAUUUCACCAGUUUCUGUAUGCUCGUAAAUUCAUACUUCUGACGGACAGUAAACCUUUGAGUCUAAUACUAGGACCUAAGAAAGGUAUUCCAGUUUUGGCAGCAUCACGAUUGCAAAGGUGGGCAAUUCAGUUGUCGGCAUAUCAGUACGAUAUCAGGUAUCGUUCAACAACCAAGAAUGGAAAUGCCGAUACCUUGUCGCGAUUCCCAUUACCUGAGACUAUGGAAGAAUCAAACAAUGUGUUGUUUGUGGAAGGAAGUGAGGUGAAUAAGGAACAAGUAAAUUCUCUUCCAGUUACACCGGACAAAAUUGCAAAAGCAUCACGUGAUGAUCCUUUGUUGUCGCGGCUAAUACAUUUCACAGUGAAUGGAUGGCCUGCCAGAUCUGACUUAAGUGCAGAGUACUUACCAUGUUAUAAAUUCAAAGAUGAAUUUACUACUGAAGAGGGUUGUCUGUUAAGAGGAAUUCGAGUGGUUAUUCCAUCUGCAUUUCAAAACAGGAUGCUAGAACAACUCCAUGACAAUCAUCCAGAAAUUGUUAAGAUGAAAUCGUUAGCGAGAAUGCAUAUGUGGUGGUUAAACGUAGAUACUGACAUAGAGUGUAAAGUGAAAAACUGUGUUCCGUGUCAACAGAAUAGGAGUCCAAUGGCUAAAACACCUCCAAAUCCAUGGAGAUGGCCUGGCAAACCUUGGCAACGUAUUCAUAUAGACUAUGCUGGGCCGUUCAUGAACAAAAUGUAUUUGAUUGUUGUUGAUGCUCAUUCAAAAUGGCUGGAAGUGAUCACAAUGGCUUCUACAACCUCUGAAAGUACUAUAAACGCUUUGCGGUAUUUGUUUUCAUCAUACGGACUAGUAGAAGAAAUUGUGUCAGACAACGGUCCACAAUUUGUGUCGGCUGAAUUUCAGAACUUUGUCAAAAUGAAUGGUAUCAAACACAUUCGUUCCGCUACAUAUCAUCCUAGCUCUAAUGGUGAAGCAGAACGAGCAGUAUGUACAUUCAAGACUGCGUUAAAAACUAUGAGCAGUGAACCUGGAACAGUAAACCAGAAGGUUUCGCGAUUCUUGUUGUCGUAUCGUUCGACUCCACAUUCUACAACACAAGUUUCACCUGCUGAAUUGUUCCUAGGACGACGUGUUAGAACACGCCUAGAUAUCAUGCGUCCAGAUCUUAGUAAUAAAAUUCAGAAAAAGACUACUCCCAAGGAAUCUCAAAUUCGUACGUUUCAGGAGGGUGAUAGUGUUUGGAUCCGUGACUACCGACAAUCGACAGAGAAAUGGGUUGAUGGAAUUAUUGUCCAUCAGCUUGGUCCAGUCACUUACAAGGUCAAGGUCGGUGAUCUGAUUUGGAAACGACAUGUAGAUCAGAUACGUAUGCGAGAACCAGAAGUUAUUGUGGAUAAUCAGUGUUCGGUUACCAAUGGUGACUUCAAUUUACCAAUACCACUUACAUCGUUAAACGGAAAUCAAGCUUAUGAUGAAACUUCACCAGAUGCGUCCGCUGGAAUUUCAUCUGAAACAAGUGUUCGAACCCCGAUUCAGGCGAAAACUGUUGAAACUUCUAAAACAGCAAGUCCAGUAUUGGAAAGAUAUCCUAAACGUUCAACCAGAGGAUUUCCACCUAAGAGAUUGGAUUUAUAA